CCCACGGUGGACUAGGACAAUGGUUAGCCCGUGACGAGGGAGGAGCAGUGGUUCGCCGCCCCAUCCCCGUUCCUCUGGUCGCCCCCCAUGGUGACUGCUGCUACUUCCAGGUCUUCCUCCUCCUCUCAACUUCUCCUACCCCAAUUCCCUGAGUGGCCACGUGUUCUUCCUGCUCAGCUCCUCCCCAUCUCCAUUCUCCACUAGUCCCCUACUCCCUGACCCCCUGAGCAACUGCUCGAGUCCCCUCCCAAUCCAGUCCCUAAAUCUACUUUGUAUGCUUGCUCUUUUCUUCUAGAUCCUUUCUCAAAUCAAGCAGUAGCAAGUUAGGGCAAGUUGCAAGCUGGGAGCUACAACUCGACAUUUAUGACAUCCUUCUCCGGCCAUUUAAUCUCUUAGUAGCACGCCCUACAUGUCCUCCUCACGCUCCAAAGCCCACUGGGACAACCGUUCCACGGAGCGAGAAUGAAAUGCCAUUCAUUGUUGCGGGCUGGCAGGCCAACCAGCAUACCGACCCCGACUACGCCUAGAUGGAGGACGAGCUGGAGCCAAGGAGGCCGGUGCGUGCUGUCCUCACAACCGAGGCCGCGUUUCAUCGGGCGCAGGCAGAUGAGGUCUAUAGACCUGGACCUCCUCGAGGAGCGCCGGCCCGCGGAUGAGCAAAUCUUUGCCAGCACGGCCAUCGUUGCGGGCGUGGACGUGGUGGAGCAUGAGGUGCUGGUCCACUCCUAUAUCUCCAGUGGAAACUUCCGCCACGAUUGCUGGAGCUACCGCCUCCGUCAGGAUCCAACUGAAACUCCGUUGGCACAACAGGAUCCAAUUGGAAGUCCAAUUGCACAACAGGAUCCAAGAGAAACUGCAGUGCCACCACAGGUUCCUUUUGUAAAACUUGUUUGUUUAACCACUCUGCUGCUGCAACCGGUUGCUCUAAUCACGUUACUGGCUACUCAACUUUUCAUGAUCCAAGCGAAAUCCAAUGCCACAACACGUACCUUUUGCAAAACUUGUUAGCCCAAGAUCAAAGAGCAAGGUCCCUGUGGACGUUGUAUCAUCCCACAGCUGUGGCACCAGCCCAAUCGUGCAUCAUGAAUUGCCAACUGAUGAUGCUCUAGAGGCUAAACUAUUUGUAGAAAGAGAUUUUGCUUCUGCACUUAGAGAGGAAGCUGACAUGUUGAGGAAGCAAACAACACAAUCACAAGCAAUACUCAAGACAACCAUUAAAUAUUUGGUGGAUUUCAAAACGAAGCAAGUUGAGACUGACUGUAUUGUUAAGGUCCUAAAGGAAAAAAGGAAAUUAAAUUCCCAUUUGGUAAAUCAUAGGUGAAAUGUUAUUUCCAUCGCUGAAUAACCUUUGUGUGAUUUGUUCAUGUAAUCGGUCAAACCAUUUGUUUUAGAGUUCAUGGAAUAAUUGUUUUUUUGUUUGUAAUUUUUUCAGCACAAGUUUGUAUUAGUUGAUAAGACUCUGAGACAUUUUGAUUGUUGUGCCAAUCAGGUUUAAUGUGCA